AUGACACCACUACUUGCACUACCAACCUUGUUGGCGUUGUUGUUGGUUCUGUGCCUUUUUGAUUCUGUUUGUUCCUUCCAGUCUCGUUCCCUACUAUUAGUAGCGACAACCAAGAAUAGCAAUAGACGGCAGUAUGAUGGGAUCAUUCUUCCAGCAUUGGCAGAUGAUGACGAUGCGGCACAACAGCGACAGCAAGACCGAUUAUUGUCACUCUUGACGUUUAUUCAAAAUCGCGAGGGAGUACCGCGAGCUCCGUGUGGAUUGGAUGCCAAAGAGAAGGAACAAGCACUGGUGGCGUCCGUCAUUGCACAAGUGGAACAAGAUGACAGUCUCAACAAGGUGAUUCUGCAAAAUGGAAAAAUUACAUUCCAGGACCUUUCGGGAAACUGGGAACUGCUCUAUACCAGUUCCAGGACCAUGAUCAUCAACAAGAGUUUGAGUGGGCUGGGGCGAUCGUCCUCGGAAUAUUCCCAGUUUGUCAGGCUCGUUCAAAAGUUGGGUGGUUCCAAAUUCCUUGGAACUGUGGAAUUUGUCGAAGUGUUUGGAACUAGAGCCGGCACUACUGGAUUCGUUGAAGAAGAAGACGAUGGUACAUCUUUGGAGGUUAGUAUCACGGGAGAGUGGUAUACCAAGGACGAACGCAAUCUCUUUACCGGCAUGCCAACGACGGCCAUUGCCGUCGACCUAGAAAAGCUUGUCUAUGGCCCCAGUACCAAUGCAGCUCAGGAUUGGUCCAGUUUGGGACCCAUUAAACUGUUGGAUCUGCUAUACCUCUCCGACGAUAUCAUGAUUUCUAGAGGCAAUGUCAACCCCGAGUCUCUGUUUGUCUGGAGGCGAUUACUGUAG